CAUGACAUUGCAUCCUACACCCAUCACUUGUGAAUUUUUGUUUUCCACAGCUCUUAUUUCUCCAAAAAUGUGUUUGAGCCACUUGGAAAAUAUGCCUUUAAGUCAUUCAAGAACUCAAGGAACUCAGAGAUCAUCCUGGAAGCUGUGGCUCUUUUGCUCAAUAGCUAUAUUCCUUUUUCUUUGCUCCUUCAGUUGGCUAAUCUUUAUUUUUCUCCAACUAGAGACUGCUAAAGAGCCCUGCAUGGCUAAGUUUGGACCAUUACCCUCAAAAUGGCAAAUGGCAUCUUCUGAACCUCCUUGCGUGAAUAAGGUGUCUGACUGGAAGCUGGAGAUACUUCAGAAUGGCUUAUAUUUAAUUUAUGGCCAAGUGGCUCCCAAUGCAAACUACAAUGAUGUAGCUCCUUUUGAAGUACGGCUGUAUAAAAACAAAGACAUGAUACAAACUCUAACAAACAAAUCUAAAAUCCAGAAUGUAGGAGGGACUUAUGAAUUGCAUGUUGGGGAUACCAUAGACUUGAUAUUCAACUCUGAGAAUCAGGUUCUAAAAAAUAAUACCUACUGGGGUAUCAUUUUACUAGCAAAUCCCCAAUUCAUCUCCUAGAGACUUGAUUUGAUCUCAUUCCCUUCAGCACAUGCAGAGGUGUCAGUGGGUGGAUUGGAGGGAGAAGAUUUUCAAUUUCUAGAGUUUGUCUGUCUACAAAAAUCAACGCAAACAGAACUCCUCUGUAUGUGAAUUUUCAUCUAUCAUGCUUAUCUGAAUGAGACUCAGAGGAAGAGCCAAAGACUUUUGGUUAGAUCUGCAGAGAUACUUCAUUAAUCCACGAUAAAAUGAAUAUAGAUGACAGAGGACAUGUGCUUUUCAAAGAAUCUCUGUCUAAAUCUUGAAUUCGUGAGUGGAAAAAUGGAGUUCUAUUCCCUUGGAAGUUUUACCUGGUAUGCAAAAAGGAUCUGGGGCAGUAGCCUGACUUUGUUCUCAUAUUCUUGGGCUGCUCUAAUUCAUUCUUCUCAUACUCCUGUCUUUUGAGACCCUCCCAAUAAAAAGUAGACUGAUAGGAUGGCCACAGAUAUGCCUACCACACCCUACUUUAGAUACGGUGGUGUUAGAAGAUAAAGAACACUCUGAGAACUAUUGGAAUAGAGGUACAAGUGGCAUAAAAUGGAAUGUACGCUAUCUGGAAAUUUCUCUUUGUUUUAUCUUCCUCAGGAUGUAGGGUGCUUUAAAAAGCCUUAUCAAAGGAGUCAUUCUGAACCCUCAUGUAGAGUUCUGUGAGAGCUUACUGUUGGUGUGUGCGUUUAAACAUUGCUAAUUGUAAAGAAAGAGUAACCAUUAGUAAUCAUUAGGUUUAACCCCAGAAUGGUAUUAACAUUACUGGAUUAUGUCAUGUAAUGAUUUAGUAUUUUUAGCUAGCUUUCCACAGUUUGCAAAGUGCUUUCGUAUAACAGGUAGCAAUUCUAUGAAGUUAAUUGGGCAGGCAUUUGGGGGAAAAUUUUAGUGAUGAGAAUGUGGUAGCAUAGCAGAGCCAACUUGCCUCAAAUCAUAGGACAAGUGACUACAAGAGGCAAUGGGUUGUCCGCUGCAUUGCUCUGUUUCAGCUUUAGAAUUGUUACUUCUGCUAUUGUGUUAUAAGACUCUAAAAUUUAGCAAAGUCACUUUUCAAGAAGCGUAUUCCCCUUUAGCCCAAGGUGAGCAGAGUGAAGCGACAACAGAUCUUUCCUUUACCAGCAAACUUUUUUUUUUUUUUCCCUGCCUGGAUCAGGGAAACCCAGGAUGCUGCUCAGGCCUUAUACCAACCAAAUUCCCCUCUUCACUUUGCAGAGCCCAUCUUAGUAAUCUUAGUCAAAUGUGCUAACUUCUAAAAAUAAUAAAUAGCACUAAUUCAAAAUUUUUGGGCUCUUAAAUUAGCUACUUGCAGGUUCUUGUUGAAAGGUAUAUAAUAUUACAUUGUAAACAAAUUUAAAAUAUUUAUGGGUAUUUGUGAAAAGCUGAAUUAUGUUAAAUAAUAUUACAUGUAAAGCU